CCAAAUUCUUAUAAAAUAGUCGAGCUCAAAUAUGCUGACUAUUUUGACUGUGAAUGGUCAAAUUCUGUUUAUGUUAUUGAUUUUAUUAGCUUAAUUAACAAAUGAAAUGGUUUUGGGACAAUCGCUUAUCGUCAUAUUGACAGCUUUGACAGUGUCCAUUUGCUCAGAUCCAGAUGUAGAUCCACAGAUACUAUACACAACUGAAGCCUUCUAUACGCCCUUAUUGCUUAAUCGAACUGGAUGGUCAUUUGGUGGUGUACCAGUCACCCAAUUAGAGGUGAUGCCUUCGUUGAGUGGUCAUGCCGAUCUGCUUAAUUGGAUGUUCUACUUUCGCCGGCCAAACUCACCGAUUGGUUUCAUAUAUGGCACCCCACCACUCAAUGACGAUGGUGACAUAGACAUUGAUCUUGUCAUACUGAACCGUGUCACCUUUAACACGACCAGCUACCGAUUAAAAUAUCGAAUACUCAAUCGAGAUGAGAUCUACAAGUUUCAAGUGGAGAUGAAAUUCUUUGAUAUGGACAUUGAAGACUUUUUCAAUGGUGGCAUGCUGACCACAGUUCAAGAUAUUUUUGCAAAUCGUUUAUGGCAGAGUGGUGAUCACAACGCUAACUCAGUAUACGUAACUCAAGUUGCCCGGCCGAUUCAUGUAGGCGGGAGAUUUCCGCUCGAUCCAAGCGAGAAAGAAUGUGUGGUCAUUCGAGUGGGCUGUAACCAUAAUUUCACUCAGCAAUUGUAUCGACUGGAAAGCGAAGUUCGUCAGAUCAAAAACCGUGAUCCAUGUCCCAAACACUACAAGGCUACCACCGUUGAGUAUGUGUUCCGAGAACGAAAAUUACACGUAGAUUGGUGUAGUUUCAAAUUAAUUAGCCCGUCGACAAUUGAAUGAAUCCCGUUUCAGAUCUCAUAUACAAUCUACUCAAGAAAGUUGAUCAAAUGUAGAAUAUUAUAACACAUUAUAAUUUAGAAUUCGACAUGAAUUAUUUUAUGUCUAAAUAUAGCAAAAACAUAAUUUACUUGGAUGAAGGUAGAUGGCAUUGUGACACUUUGUUUGUAAACUUACAUCCUAUGAACGGGACACUAAUACAGUCACAUGUUCAUAUGAAAUAGCGUGAAGUUAUAUUUUAUUAUUAUGGCUACAUCAGAUAAUAAUAAAGGCGAUUAUGAAGA